AUGUUCGGCAAAAAGAAAGAGACGAUUCCAGACCCCUCCGGCAUGAUAGUCAACCCUCAAAAUGUAGAACCCGGUCAAAUUCAGGGUUUCCAAGUGAUUGAUGUUGAUGCGACUGUUCCAACAACGGGAUUUUUCGAAUUCAAUAGCUGUGGAAAAGCAACUCUAGCCGCGCCUUUUUGGUCCUUCAUUAUGGAUUUUCAGCGGCUUGGGACAAUGAUUUAUCUUCUUAUUAAACCUGGAUAUGAAUUUGCAAAAUCUACUGAAUGGCUUUCCUGGGUUAUUCUUCAUCUUGUUCUGCGGCUCGUCGUUAUGUAUUUUAAAACACCAACGAUCGGGCUUGUUAGUUGGAAAGCUGCAACCGGCGAUGAGGGACUAGUAACGGUCGAUUUUCAUUCGAAAAAGAUAAAAGAAGCUGGUGGAAAAAUGCAAUUCGCAGCGGCAGCGAAUUGGCUACUGAUGUUUCUGGGCCAGGCUGUGUUCUUUUUGGUCGCAUACGGCGAUUUCACGAUUUUUCCAACAAUCUUCGUCGUAACAAUUCUUAUCGAUAUCUACUUGCACAUGUGCGAAGUUCGCGCCGCCGCGUUUAUGAAGAACAAGGGCCAGCAUUGGAGAAAUGGCUGCUCAGCUCUUUUCUGUGGAAUCGACAAUCAAAUCGACCCGGACACUGUUGUUCCCCUCGACGACCCGCGAAUUCAAGAUGCUCUUUCUCAGCGAAAUCAAGGAGGAGUACAUCCUGUUACUGUUUAA